AUGACUCUCCCUCCUGGCCUACCAGCUUCUAAUUCUUCCCAGGUUUGCAAACUCCACAAAUCAUUGUAUGACCUUAAGCAGGCCAGCAGGCAAUGGUAUUCUAAAUUGUCAUCCUUUUUGAUUUCUAUUGGAUAUAUUCAUUCCCAAGCUGACCAUUCUCUAUAUAUUAAAGUAUCCAAAUCUGAAUUCACAGCCUUAUUGGUGUAUGUAGACGACAUUAUGCUGGCAGGAAGUUGUUUGACUGAGAUCACACAUGUCAAGCAAUUUCUACACAACAAAUUCAAAAUUAAGGACCUUGGCAAAUUAAGAUACUUCCUUGGUUUUGAGAUAGCCAGAUCCGCCAAUGGUAUUUUUCUUAAUCAAAGAAAAUACACUUUGGAGCUCCUUGAAGAUAGUGGCCUACUCGCAUCCAAGCCCUCUCCCAUUCUUAUUGAUCCAUCCUCCAAACUGUCUGCUCAUGAUGGACAGCCCAUGGAAGAUCCCUCUGUCUACAGGAGAUUGAUUGGAAGAUUGGUAUAUCUUACCAAUUCCAGGCCAGAUAUUUCAUUUGCUGUUCAACAUCUUAGCCAGUAUGUAUCCAAACCUCUUCUUCCUCAUUAUCAUGCUGCUAUUCGUGUAAUACGAUAUCUCAAAUCAGUACCAGCUAAAGGCAUCUUUUACCCUGCUACUAGUUCUUUAAAGGCAUCUGCAUUUGCUGAUUCUGAUUGGGCAAGAUGCCCUGAUACACGUAGGUCUGUUACAGGAUAUUGCAUUAUGUUAGAAUCAUCUCUUUUGUAUUGGAAGUCCAAGAAACAAAAUACUGUUUCAUGUUCAUCAACUGAGGCUGAGUAUAUAGCAUUAGCAUCUUUUUCCUGUGAACUUCAGUGGCUUCAGUAUGUUUUGCACGAUUUUCAGAUUCACUUGCCACAACCUGCUGCAGUUUUUUGUGAUAGUAAGUUUGAAAUUUUUUUGGCUCAUAAUCCGACCUUUCACGAAAGAAGCAAACAUAUCGAGAUUGAUUGUCAUGUCAUUUGA